AUGACAGUUUACAGUGCUUCUACUACAGCUCCUGUGAAUAUUGCUACUUUGAAAUACUGGGGUAAAAGGGAUAAGGUAUUGAAUUUGCCAACGAACUCUUCUAUAUCGGUGACAUUAUCUCAAGAAGAUCUCCGUACUUUGACGACUGCUACCACGUCUCCAGAGUUCGAGAAGGACCAGCUAUGGUUGAAUGGUAAGGAGGAAUCGUUGGGGAGCGAGAGAACGCAGCAUUGUUUGCAAGAUUUGCGUCAAUUGAGACGCGAACUGGAAGAAAAGGACGCAUCUUUGCCUAAGUUCUCAGAAUGGAAGUUGCACAUUGCGAGUGAGAACAACUUCCCAACAGCAGCGGGGCUAGCCUCUUCUGCAGCUGGUUUUGCUGCUCUUAUCAAGGCCAUUGCCAAGCUAUACGAGCUACCACAAUCCGACUCUGAGUUGUCCAAGAUUGCCAGAAAGGGUUCCGGGUCUGCUUGCAGAUCGUUGUUUGGUGGUUAUGUGGCGUGGGAAAUGGGUGAAUUGGAGGACGGUAGCGACAGUAAAGCUGUGGAAAUUGGGUCUCUUGAUCACUGGCCGGAAAUGAAGGCGGCUAUUUUGGUCGUAAGUGCUGACAAGAAGGAUACCCCAUCCACCAGCGGUAUGCAGUUGACUGUGAAAACUUCAGACUUGUUCCAAGAACGUAUCAACAGAGUUGUGCCAGAAAGAUUCAUCCAGAUGAAGAAGUCUAUUGUGGAGAAGGAUUUCCCAACUUUCGCUGAACUAACCAUGAAGGAUUCCAACUCGUUCCACGCGACAUGCUUGGACUCUUUCCCCCCAAUUUUCUACUUGAACGAUACCUCCAAGAAGAUUAUCAAGCUAUGCCAUGCCAUCAAUGAGUUCUACAACGAAACUGUGGUCGCUUACACCUUUGAUGCUGGUCCAAAUGCAGUUCUAUACUACUUGGAACAGAAUGAGGAGAAAUUGUUUGCUUUCUUGCAUCCUCUAUUCCAGAGUGUGGAAGGGUGGGAAUCCAAGUACACUAAGGACCAACUAUCGCAAUUCGAUGCUAAGUUUGAGACUUUGAAGAACAACGUUAACUUCUACUUGGAUUACGAACUACACACUGGUGUGACUAAGGUUAUCCUAACCAGAGUUGGUCCUGGCCCACAAGAUACUGACUUAAGUUUGAUCGAUACCCAAACUGGUUUGCCAAACAAAUAA